UAAUUGAGUGAGGACAUCACUGAAUAGACCCUCCAUCGCAGCUCCGGAGUUCCAACUGUCAACCACCUGGCCGGAUUUCUCUCUCCUUCGUGCAUUUUUGUUUUCGAAGAUCCAUUUUGGGGGGUUUAAGGAUUUGGUAGCUUAAUUUGCGGGGGUUUGUAAGUUCUCUUGAGAAAUGGAAUCUGAUGUUCCGGCAAAUCAUUCGGCGGAGGAGGAACUGAGGAAGUUGGGAGACGUGGUCUCCCUCUUAAGAAAACGCCAGAGGCGUUUCCGUCGUAUUGCCGAUCUCGAACAGCGAUCUCAGCAGGACUUACGUCUUGAAGUCGAGGAGAAGAUAAAAGUUUUACUUUCUGCACACAAGGGGUCACUACAUUUUAAAGACGGUAUACAGAGAUUCAGAUUUAAAGAGGUAUUAUCUGCAACCAACAACUUUUCUAAUGAAAAUCUCAUUACGAAAGGCACAUUAGGAAAGGUCUACAAAGGACAACUCUUGUGGGAUGGGAAUUUGAUGAAUUUUACCGUACGAAGGUUAAAUUAUAUGUAUAGCGAAGAUGAGUCACAUACAGAGAUUUCAAUGCUUAAGAGCCUCAAACAUAAAAAUAUCAUCUCUAUUUUUGGACGUUGUGAUGAGAAUAAUGAAACAAUCAUCAUUUACGGGCAAGCAUUUCACGGAACUCUUGACCAACAUAUAAGUGAUCCAAACCUCACAUGGUCCCAAAGACUUCAAAUAUGUUUAGGUGUUGCACGUGCACUGCAUUACAUACAUUGUGAUAUCAUACAUUGUGACAUUAAUAGCUCUAAAGUGUUUUUAGAUCAUGAUUGGGAACCCAAAAUAUAUGGUUUUGAACUUUCCACAAACAAUCCUCAAGGUUGGCGGCACCGUCUUCUCUACUCUCGCUACUUUGGCACCGACAAUGUGACACUCAAGUAUGAUGUUUACUGUUUUGGUGUGUUAUUGCUUGAAGUCCUUUGGGGGAGGAAACGAGUGAUUACAAAUGAUGUCAUUCAGGAAGCACAAAUUGAUUCUUAUUUAUGGAAACGGAUGGACAAAGAAUCGUCUCAAUGGUUCAAAAACUUAGCAGAUAAAUGCUUGAAUCAACAACUUAUGAAACGUCCAAGUAUGGACCAGAUUGUCAAAGAACUUGAGGAGGCGUUGGAACUUCAUGGGAAGCAUGCAAAUCUUGAACACCCAAAAGCUAUAGAUGAAGCUACAACAUCCGUCAACUACAUGAUGGAUUUGUUGAAGAUUCCAUUAAGUGAAAUAAAGCAAGCCACAGAGGAUUUCAAAGAUGAGUACGUUGUUGGGGGUGGUGCCUAUGGUAAAGUGUACAAAGCAGAACUUGAUGUUAUAGAUAUUCAAAGUUUGUCAUCAAUGGAAGGUAACUAUAAAGAUGAAAUUCGCAAGAUAAACAAAACUGUAGCUAUAAAGCGUAUAUACAGUAGACCAGACGAGCAAGGUAAACAAGGGUUUUUAACAGAAAUAAAAUUGCUUACUAGUUGUAAGCAUCCAAAUAUAGUCUCUCUUCUCGGCUAUUCUAGUGAAGCUAGUGAAAUGAUCCUUGUUUACGAGUAUGCUUUUAAGGGAAGCCUUGGUGAUUAUUUGGGAAACGAUGUUAAAAACGUUAAUCUUACUUGGGGACAAAGAAUGCAAAUUUGCCUUGAUAUAGCACGUGGAAUUGAUUACAUUCACACCAACACGGAGGGAAAACCAAGGAUAAUACAUCGAGAUAUAAAGAGUGAUAACAUUUUAUUAGAUAGAAAUCUGAAUGCAAAGCUUGCUGACUUUGGGCUCUCCACAUUCCACGGUUUGAAGCAACCAGCUAGUACUGUCUAUACGAAUAAUCUUGCUGGCACAAACUUUUAUAUGGAUCCGGAAUAUAUGUCUACACACAAGUACAAAACAAAAUCAGAUAUUUACUCAUUCGGAGUAGUUUUAUUUGAGGUCUUGUCUGGGAAUUUUGCCUAUGAUGAUCUUUACGUUGGCGAAAAUGAAAUGGGGCUUGCAGCCAUUGCAAGGCGACGCUACCAUGAUGGAACGUUAAAGGAACUGAUUGAUCCUAAAAUAAAAGAAGAAGAUAAUGAUCACAUAUUUACUCUCAACAGAGGACCCAAUCAGGAUUCUUUCGAAGCGUUUUCAAAUAUUGCAUAUCGUUGUUUGUCAGAAACUCAAGCCAAGCGUCCAUCAAUUAAAGUCGUCAUCACGGAAUUUGAAAAUGCAUUGAACUUACAAGGAGAAACCAUGGUACUCUCAAGGUUUCGACUUGAUGAUAUAAGGUCGGCUACCAAGAACUUUGCUAGAUCAUUUUACAUUGGUUCAGACGCAAAUGGUAUGGUGUACAAAGCUAAACUAGAUCAUUUUGGAAACAGUAAUUUGCUGGCAACAGAACGGAAGAAAAAGGGUGUACCGUCCAAGAAACAAAUUACUAUAAAACGCAUCACUAGUAGAAAAGGUAUCCAAGGAAAACAAGAGUUCUUUGCAGAACUUGAAAUGGGCAUUGAUUAUAAGCCUCACAACGCAGCCUCUCUUCUUGGCUUUUGUGACGAAGUUGAUGAGAUGAUCCUUGUCUACGACUAUGCUCCUGAGAGAUAAUAAAGUCUUAUUUUUUUUAUCUUGCCUAAUCUUUGGACUAGUUUAUUAUGUUGUGUUAAACUAUUAAUGUGUAUUUGGGAAAAAAAUGUUAAGAGUCAUGUAUUAUGUAAUGGGCUUGUUGCAAACCAUAGCCCAAGCCAUUAGUUUGUUGUGGCCUGUGGUUUAGCAUGGCUGCAAUUCAUAUAUGUGUUGUUGGAAUGAUGUGGAAGGUAUAUUGGAUGUGAAACGCCAACAUUCUAGUGGUUGGUAUUAGUGCAGAUA